AUGUUUGAACUUCUUCCCUUAUUCUACUUUAGCGAGCAAGAUCUCAAAACGGGUGAGCAUAAGCUGAAUGCAGCGCAAUGCUCUGCUGAUGCUGCGCUGCGCAGCGCAGUUGACGUACCAACUGAUAUCAAGUCAGUGUCCUUAUGCGAUGAUAACAAUUCAUCGGAGAGGGAUGGAAAGAGAAUAACUGCGCAUUUACGCAGUUACACCAACUAG